AUGGAACGACUAGAUUGUGCCGUGAUUGGCAGCGGUAUUAACGGAUUAGCUGCCGCCAAGCAGUAUCAUGUCACGCACCCAGACGACAAGCUCGUCAUUUACGAAUCGCGUCCCUGCCUGGGAGGAACGUGGUCGGUAGAGCGGCUGUACCCGAACCUAAAGACGAACAAUCUCUUGGGGACCUUUGAGUAUCCGGACUUUCCACUCGACGCGCAAGCUGCAAAGCUUCAGCCUGCCCAGGAUCAUAUUCCAGGCGAGACGGUCAAUGCGUACCUAGAGGCUUACGCUCGUCGCUUCGGCAUCGACAGGCUCAUCCAGUUCAACACAAAGGUCGCCGUCGCUGAGCACCAGGAAGAAACAGAACAAGGUGGCUGGGUGCUCACGCUGGAGAAUGCAAAGGGAACCGACGCUCCGACCAAAGUCUUUGCACGUCGCCUGAUUGCCGCAACUGGUCUUACUACCGAUCCCAUUGCACCAGCUUUCGACGGCCAGGAAACACUCGGGGGUCCUAUAUUUCAUGUCAAGGAAUUUCCACGAUAUGCUGAUACUCUCAAGACGGCAAAAAGUCCAACCGUAUACGGGGUUGGUAAAGCUGCCUGGGACGUAGCCUAUUCGUAUGCAAUGUCCGGCGUGCCAGUCAAUUGGGUCAUACGUGGUAAGCACAUCUUUGGCAUUACCCGGUCCUUUUUCACUUUUGCUAAUCGAGCUUGCGUUGCAGCUUCCGGCCAUGGCCCAGUAUGGCUUUCCACACCUCGCGUGUCUCCUUUCAAGCUAUGGCUGGAGAAACUUGCACACACUCGUGCCAUGACUUGGUUCAGCCCAUCCAUCUGGUCCGAAACAGAUGGCUUCUCCUGGAUUCAGCGAUUUCUGCAUCGCACCUGGCUCGGCCGUCUGGUGGUCAACAGCGUGUGGCAAGUCAUCGGCUCCGACGUCAACGACUUGGUUGGUUAUGACAAGCACCCUGAGACUGCCAAACUCAAACCGUGGAUCCCUAUCAUGUACGCAGCCACCAGUCUCAGCAUCCUCAACUACGAAAAGGACAUGCUUGAGCUUGUUCGAAACGGAACGAUCAAGGUCCACAUUGGAGAGAUUGAGAGACUCGGCCCGGGCGAGGUACAUCUGAGCGACGGGACCUCGUUUGAAUCCGACGUAAUGAUGGCGUAUAGUGGUUGGCAGCAGUCGCCCCCUGUAAAGUUUCUACCCGAGGGCAUCGAGGCGGAGCUAGGGCUGCCUCAUCAUCGAACGGACGGCGAAUGGGAUCCUGAGACUGGAAAGCAAGCACGGCUGAUCAAGCGUGCCGACAGCGAAAUACUGGCCAAGCUUCCGAUCCUGAAAAACCAACCCCAGUUUCCCAACUACACCUCCAUCACGAAGCGAGACGGCGUCGUGACGACUAAUGCCAAACCCCAGACCGGCUACAUGCUGUAUCGCUUCCUGGCGCCGCAAUCAGCAAGGCUUCUCAGAUACCACGACAUUGCCUUUGCCGGCCUCAUGUACAAUCUGAGCACCAUGACCACGGCGCAUAUCAGUGGUCUCUGGAUGAGCGCCUUUCUUGAUGGCAAACUGGACAACAACCCUUCUGCCAUUGCCGCAGACGCAGAAGCUUAUGAGAAGCUACGAUACGAAAAUGUGCUGCACAACCGUUUUGGGCACUGGCGUCAUCCAGUCGAUUGGGAUUUGAAAUCGCCUUGUUUGGUGUUUGACACUCUUACGUAUGUUGGCACAUUGCUCCGCGAUCUUGGGUUGAAGACGCGCCGGAAGAGCAACCUGUUUCGGGAAGUUUUUGACGCUUAUGGGGCAGAGGAUUAUCGAAAUGUGAAUCAAGAAUGGGAAGAGGUUCAGACUACCAAGAAGAAGAAGAAUCAUGCGUGA